AAAAUGAGUUAAAACGCAUAUCUAGAUUCUUUCCUUAAUGUGAAGUUGAAGUUCUAGAAUGACUGAAAUUUUCCUGUAAAAUCCUUCUCCUAAACGAAAGAAAAUUCCGUAUUGUAAAAUUGACUUUUCGCUACUCUGUUUCCGUUUCUCUCAUUUGUAAAUUCUCUUCUCCUUCUCGACGUUCAUAAAACCAUCUCUUCACCUUCAACAUCAAUUCUUACAAUCUCAGUUAUGUCGAAUUCGGAUUCUGAUUCCUCAUCAUACAGUGGUCCCGAGUACAAAAAUUUCAGGCAAAUCACCCGUGACAGAUUAUUGCAUGAAAUGCUUGGGUCCGCGAAAACAGGGAGCUCAAAAUCAACCUGGAAGGUACUGAUAAUGGACAAACUUACAGUUAAGGUUAUGUCUUACUCAUGCAAGAUGGCUGACAUCACACAAGAAGGAGUUUCAUUGGUAGAAGAUAUAAACAGACGGAGACAGCCAUUGCCCUCUAUGGAUGCUAUAUACUUUAUCCAGCCAACCAAAGAGAAUGUUCUAUUGUUCCUGUCGGACAUGUCUGGAAAAUUGCCUUUAUAUAAAAAGGCGUUUGUUUUCUUUAGUUCGCCUAUUUCAAGAGAAUUGGUUACUCACAUCAGGAAGGAUACAAAAGUUUUAACUCGCAUAGGUGCUCUGAGAGAGAUGAAUUUGGAAUACUUUGCCAUAGACAGCCAGGGCUUUGUCACUGAUAACGAAAGGGCCUUAGAGGAACUUUUUGGUGAUGAGGAAAAUCCUCGCAAAGGUGAUGCAUGUUUAAAUGUGAUGGCUACACGCAUUGCUACGGUUUUCGCUUCAUUAAGGGAGUUUCCUUCUGUCCGCUACCGGGCUGCCAAGACACUUGAUACAAUGACAGUUACAACUUUCAAUGAUCUAGUUCCUACAAAGCUUGCAGCCGGAGUGUGGAACUGUCUCCUGAAAUAUAGACAGACUAUUGAGAAUUUCCCUCAGACAGAAACAUGCGAGUUGCUUAUCCUAGAUCGUUCUGUUGAUCAGAUUGCUCCUAUCAUACAUGAGUGGACAUAUGAUGCCAUUUGCCAUGAUUUACUGAAUAUGGAAGGUAAUAAAUUUGUGCAAGAGUUUCCAAGCAAAACAGGUGGUCUACCAGAGAAAAAAGAAUUUCUUUUGGAGGAGCAUGAUCCUGUUUGGCUUGAACUUCGUCAUGCACAUAUAGCAGAUGCUAGUGAGCGUUUACAUGAGAAGAUGACCAACUUUGUAUCAAAGAACAAAGCUGUUCAAAUUCAACAAGGUUCAAGAGAUGGUAGUGAACUUUCUACAAGGGAUUUGCAGAAGAUGGUUCAUGCAUUGCCACAAUACAAUGAGCAAAUUGAUAAGCUUUCCCUCCAUGUAGAGAUAGCAGGAAAAGUCAACAAAAUGAUCAGGGAGUUAGGACUCAAAGAACUUGGGCAGCUGGAGCAGGAUCUUGUUUUUGGUGAUGCUGGAAUGAAGGACGUGAUUAAGUUUUUAACUACAAAAGAGGAUUUGACUUGUGAAAAUAAGUUACGGUUAUUGAUGAUUCUUGCAUCCAUGUAUCCUGAGAAGUUGGAGGGUGACAAGGGUAUGAAUUUAAUGAAGAUAGCAAAAUUACCACCAGAUGAUAUGACUGCUGUACAGAAUAUGAGAUUUCUUGGGGGAUCAUCAAUUAGCAAAAAGAAUUCAGUUGGGACCUUUGCUCUGAAGUUUGAUAUCCAUAAGAAGAAGAAGAGGGCUGCUAGGAAAGACCGCAGUGAUGAAGAGCAUAAAUGGCAGUUAUCACGCUUUUACCCCAUGAUAGAGGAACUUAUUGGAAAACUUAGUAAAAGAGAACUACCAAAGGAUGAUUAUCCAUGUAUGAACGAUCCUAGUACAAGUUUCCAUGGUACAACCCAUCCUGCAAUAUAUGAAGCUCCAGCAGCUCAUUCAAUGAGAUCCAGACCGAGACCAACAUGGGCCCGACCACGGAAUUCUGAUGAUGGAUAUUCAAGUGAUUCAGUGCUAAGAUAUGCAUCUGGUGAUUUAAAGAAGAUGGGUCAACGUAUUUUUGUAUUUAUCAUUGGUGGAGCUACUAGAUCAGAGUUAAGGGUAUGUCACAAGCUAUCAACAAGGUUGAACAGGGAAGUCAUUCUGGGAUCAUCAAGUCUCGAUGAUCCUCCUCAGUUUAUUGCGAAAGUGAAGAUGCUGACCGCACAUGAACUUUCAUUAGACGAUAUCCAGAUCUAAAUAUGGUUUAGCUGCAGUUCUGAUUCAGAUACAUAACUUUAUAUAUUAUAUAUAUAGUCUAAUCUACAUUAAUCUUUCUAACAGUUGAUCAAAAUGGAUGCGUCUAGAUAUCUGUAGUUGGCGUGUCUAGCUCUAGAAUAUUUUGGAUGAGCGUUCUGCCAGGUCAGGUUAUGCUUUUCGAUGUGUAUUAUAAUUGAUUUGUUAGUUGUAUAGUUUUUAUUAUAUUUAAUAAGAAGAAGUAAUUGAAAUCUGGAA